AUGUAUCAAUUCAAAAUACAUUUGGAGAAUGAUACGCUUAUUUUACGUGGCACGCCAGAAGAAUCCGUAGGUUGCGUUCUUAGAGGCUGGGUUGUACUCAAUAACAAAGAGCUCAUGAAGGUGAAAUCAAUUACGAUGAGUUUGACUGGAAGAGUCAGGGCGCAGUGGACAGAACGCAACCAUCAACAUAAGAAGGAAUUCAUUAUUCUAGAACAUCAUUGGACUUUUUUACCUGUACAAAAAAAGCUUCAUGCAUUGGCUCCUCAUUGCGUUUACAAAUUUCCAUUUGAGUAUGUCCUACCUGGUGAUUUAGCCGAGUCUAUGGAUUCUAAUUCGUACGGAUCUUUGUCCUACAAACUGAAAGCGAUUGUCGACAGACCUGCUUUUUCAUUUGCACCCAAUUUGAUAGACCGACGACAACUACGAGUGAUCCGACAGAUCAUGCCUUCUUAUAUAGCCAUGAAUCCACUACAAAUGUCAAACGAGUGGGCAAACAAACUAACUUAUCACAUCAGCGUGCCCAAGAAAACAUUUUAUCGAGGCGAAGCCAUCCCUAUAAAUUUCUCAUUGACGCCAAAACGAAAUUCUGAACAACUCCAUGUCCGAUAUUUAUCUUGUUUCUUGAAAGAAUAUACGACUUUUGUACUAUUACAAAAUAACAGCAGUAAUCAUCAUAACAACACAAAUCAGCAGGAAAACCUUCAUCCGCAUACAGAAUCUCGCAUUAUCCGAUUCUUUAGAGAUGAAGCUUUUCCAUCGAUUGGGCCACAUUGGCAGAAAACCGAAACAUUGAACGUUCCGCAUUCUUUCGAUGCUGUACAAUGCGAUAUCCGUAACCGAUACUUCAAAAUUGAACACAAAUUAAAAUUCACCAUGUCGUUGAUAAACAAAUAUGGCGAUUUAUCCGAGUUGAGAGCCACGAUACCCAUUGACAUUGUCAAUCAACCCAUGAACAAUAGUAUUGCUGCGAUAGACAGAACAGCAACCUUAUCAUCUUUCGGCAUGGUAGGAAUAACAACUUCAGAAGACGAUGAUGAAGAAGGUAGGAUGGAUGGUGAGAAUGAAUUGCCGACAUAUGAAAAUAGCUGGCGAUCGGCGCCCUAUCAUUUUGACGGUCAAGCUGUGAUUUCACCGGUACCCCAGCUUGACUAUUCAGCGACUACUACCACACCACAACACCAUCCUCGCUUCAGCACCUUGUUUAGCCCUGCUGAUUUGGAAGAUAAUGUAAUAUACCCUUUGACACCACCUUCGUAUGCAGAUGAAGAUGCAGAAAGAUAUUAUUCACGACAAGGAUUAUCAGCAGCAACAGCGGGAGAUUAUUUCGGCCAUCAAUCUCCGUCAUCCACCAACAGUAAUAAUGCUUUCAUCCAGCAGCAAUGUAAUGAUAAUCUUGAUUUGGGUAUUUUACCGUCUUACCACUCGGUUAUUAUCCCACAAAAUAAUAUUCAGUAA